AUGGCAUGCUCUCUGAUGGAGUCUCAAAAAAUUGUUUUUGACAAUGUAGAUUGUGAGAAAUGUUUGUAUGGAACCCUCAAAGAACUAGAGGAAGAGCUCGAGUUUUUGAAUAUACAGGAAGAUUAUAUCAAAGAUGAACAGAAAGGUUUGAAACGCGAAUUCCAACGUGCAAAAGAGGAGAUCAAGCGUAUUCAAUCAGUUCCGCUCGUUAUUGGGCAGUUUCUAGAAAUGAUUGACUCUAAAUAUGGGAUUGUUUCUUCAACAGCAGGCUCGAAUUACUAUGUAAGAGUUCUUAGUACAAUUAAUAGAGAAGACUUGAAGCCACCUGCAUCAGUUGCACUUCAUAGGCAUAGUCAUGCAAUAGUGGAUAUUCUUCCUCCAGAGGCAGAUUCUAGUAUUCAAAUGCUUCAAAUGCAAGAAAAACCUGAUGUAACAUAUUCUGAUAUUGGAGGGAUGGAUAUUCAAAAGCAGGAAGUACGAGAAGCUGUUGAAUUGCCUCUCGUGUGCCCAGAAUUAUAUCAACAAAUAGGUAUUGAUCCUCCAACUGGAGUGCUUUUAUACGGGCCUCCUGGCACAGGCAAAACGAUGUUGGCCAAGGCUGUUGCCAAUCAUACAACAGCCACGUUUAUUAGAGUAGUUGGAUCUGAAUUUGUACAGAAAUAUUUGGGAGAAGGCCCAAGAAUGGUGCGCGAUGUAUUUCGAUUAGCAAGAGAAAACUCUCCAGCAAUUGUGUUUAUUGAUGAAGUUGAUUCAAUUGCAACUAAACGUUUUGAUGCCCAAACUGGAGCAGACAGGGAAGUUCAACGUAUAUUGCUCGAGCUAUUGAACCAAAUGGAUGGGUUCGACCAAACGACAAAUGUAAAAGUUAUUAUGGCAACUAACAGAGCAGACACGCUUGAUCCUGCACUACUGAGACCAGGGAGACUUGAUCGAAAAAUAGAAUUCCCACUGCCCGAUAGAAGACAAAGGAGACUAAUAUUCCAGACGAUUACGGCAAAGAUGAAUUUGAGUGAAGAAGUUGAUCUUGAAGAAUAUGUCUCCAGACCUGAAAAAAUAUCUGCAGCUGACAUAGCUGCGAUUUCACAGGAGGCAGGUAUGCAAGCCGUUAGGAAAAACAGAUAUGUUAUACUGCCUAAAGAUUUUGAAAAAGGAUGGAAGAUACACGUAAAAAAAAGCGAUCGAGAUUUCGAUUUUUAUAGUGUAUAG